UCAACGGGCCGUCGAACCGUCGGCCGAGAUCACGGCCUCGCCGUGACAACGCCUCGAUAAGGCUCUUCCUGCGCGCAUGUCGAGGCUGCCGCCGCGCGCAGAAUUCAUGAUCGCCGCCACGUCGCACGAGGCAACCUGUUGCUGCUGAGCGCGCGCGUCAUAAUCUUGAGGAAAGCUCGCACGCGCAUGUGAAUGAGCUCGAGAAAGCCUGUAACCUGUUUUAACAUGCGCUGUAAUUUUGACAGCCCCGUCGCCAUGACUACCAUUUGUUGCGCAAAUUCGCGAGCUUCGUGAAUUCCGACUAUUAUUUAGACGCCGCGAACAUGCCAUGCGAGCCUGCGCAGUCUCGCUAAACUUGAGUUAUCCUGACCUUUCGCGCCGGCUGUGAAUAACCAUCAACCGCUAUUUCCCCUCAUUUCUGGCUUGCCAGAAAAGCGCGGCUCGCUGAAACAGCGAGCCACGAGGAGUCCGCGUGUAGUGCGCAGUGAGCGAAGGCGAGUUUCGCAAGCGAUGGCCUUGUGCUUUGGCGCGCGCGCGAUUGCUGGGAUGGAAGCGCCAUCGAGGUGUUUUAAUGGCGGCGCGGCUGCGCGCACGUGCAGGCACCGAUGAUGCAAGAGCUGCUGCGUCCAUUUAUUUGGCGCGUUUCGCGUGCUCGUCGCCCGAUGAUAGGGUACGCGUGUUUCAGUUGGGAGAGGUCUUAACGGUCUGUAAGUUUAGGUUGAACCUAUCUGCUGUCGCUGUUUAUAAAGUGCGACUUUCAAAACGUGCCCCACCUGUUCAGCAGUGCGCUCACAAAUUUACUUUUCAGAGCGAGCUGCAUUGCAAGUCGGGACUGCGGGAAAUCGUCCGUGCGAACGACGCUUUCUUGGCCUUGACUGCACAAGGCGUGUGGACUGUACCACUAGGCGAAGUGAGUGCCAGGCACUUUCUGCUAGGACCGUGCUCGGCUUGUGGUCUUCCAUGGGGUGGCCUCGUGGCUGCGUACACCGUGCGUCCAGGCUCUUGGGAGCUGCUUGUCAAUGGCAAGGGGCCACCUGUGGGCCGUGUCACGUGCCACCCACAGCAUCUUCCAUCUUCGCGGGAUGCAGGCCCGGUGCUAUGGUGUGCCAGGCUUCUGGGAAGUCGGCACCAUGCGAGGUACAACUGUUCAACGCCUGGAAGCUCGCUCAUUCUGUCAAAGCCUCUUUCACAGCUUCUGGGUAUGAGGCAAAGCGACCUCCUUGAUCAGUUGACAGAUGUAGAGGAGCCAGGUUACAGUGUACUACUUGUGGGAUUGCCGGAUGGCCGUGUCCUAAGCACUCUGCUGCAUGCUGUCCAGCCUGGUGAACUAUGUAGGGCCCGUCUGGUUUGUGACUUGGGCCAGCCAGUGGCUGCCAUCUCCUGCUGGCAGCCUGAACAUCUAGGGAACAAGGACUGCGAGGUGCUCGUCGUUGGCACCAGAGGCAAAGUACUGAGCAGCUGCAGUGGAUCUUGGCUGGAGGCCUGGGCACCUAACAUUCUUGAAGAAUCAUAUGACCUCUGCCUGAAUGGACCUCUUAUCCAUUGGCUGCACAAGGGAAUCCCCUGGGAGGCACACUUGGCCAUCGGGCAGCAGACCCCACAGGGGUCUCCUUUCCUCCAGGUCAAAGCAGGACCGCUGCUUCUGGGAAAGGCUGUGUCAAUUCAGAGCCUUGGAUCCUCUGUCUUGACCAAGCUGCAUGGUAAAGCAAGCACAAGCGAAAGUGAGCUGAGCCAAGAUGACACUGGGCUCCUGAUUCUGGAUGGAUGCGGAGGCGUGCGUUUGGUAUCACCCCUGCCUCCACGACACCUUUCACUGCAAGGUCUGCAUCCGCACCCAGUCAUCCAAGCGAAGAACGAGCUGCUGUUUGUCCAGGCGGCUUUGCAGCAGCUGCGACAGCUGCAGCAUCGUGCAAUACCAGUCACUGCUGAACGUGACAUCCAAGGUGGUCGCUUGGUCGCCUCUUUUUCGAAUUCUGCGGCCUCCAACUGGAUUCACGUUGCCAGCUAUGAUGUCGGCGAUCGCACCAUUUGCCGGUCUGCCGCUGCUUCUCCAGCUACAGGAGGAGGGCCCCUGAAUAUACAUUUCAAGUGCAAUACUGCUGCAGUGGCCACCAUGGCAUUGGUGCUGCCAUCUAGGAAAACCACGGGAAAGCCUGUGCUAACUCUGCUCAGGAUGACAGUGCUUCCAUCGCAGAACUGCCUCAAGGAGGGGCCAGCACAAAAGACAGCUGUGCUCACUGUGGCAAGCCACUUGGUUUCCAGUGGCUCCGGAGGAGCGACCCGGUUCACUGAGUGCCUCGGACUCCAGGCAUGGCCUGCCCACCUGCAACCUGUAGGUCAGGGCGUCUUGUCAUUAGAGGUGGAGCUGCCCGGCAGCCAUUGGUGGCCAGCAUUGAGAGCAGAGAUAAUGCUACGCAUGCUUGACAUGGUGAAAGAUCACGAUGACACCAGAGCCAUGCCCAACGUGAAAGUCGGGGAGAGAGUUGAGGCGGCUUGUCGAGAAGUUGAGCGUCUGCUUUCUGCGGGGAACAUCUUGGAAGCAUACUAUGCUUGGAGGACACGCCUGGGGAUGGCUUUUCCUGUUGCUUAGAUGCGUGGUCUUGCAACAGCGUGCCGUGGGCUCGAGCUGGCUCACGUUGCCACGCCUGGAGAAGUACAGAGACCAAUCAGAGUAUGUGGCAUUCAAAGUGUCUCAGUGGUGAGAGGGCUUGUUGUGACACCCCGCGGUAUCUACGCUACACAGCAGUGCAGAUUGCAGAAGGCCAUGAUAAGAAAUCGCUCGUUAGGUCAAGCGUCACUUCCAAAGAGUAGUAAUGGAUGCUUAUUAUUUAUUUUAUUUUUCAGUUUUAGUAUCAAAAACUACUAUUUUUGCAAGCUUUUCAUGAUGCUACUGCAUGCAUUUCAUACGUCGAAUUUUGCAUGGACACUCUUUUAUAUCUGCAUAAUCUUAAAACCACUUUUUAUUGAAGCAGAGAAAUAAAUUUGCAGUUAAAAUAGGCUAUUUCAGAAAUACCUUGCCGCAGAAAUACUUGAAUGUGCUCGGCAGAAGCGGAGUUAUUGGUAAUCAAACAUGCCCUUCACAGUGCUUCCGCUCUUUUUUCAAUGCCUUGUACUGCGAAGGCUGUGGCAGAGCAGGGUAUACCCACAACACUGUGCCUACUGAACGUCAUCGUGGCGCGCAGUUCAAAUUUGAUUUUCGAUGCUAAUGUACACACCACUACUUCCAAUUUUGGUGCCUACAACGUGCCAAAUGCAGUUGUCCUCAGCGAGCCACAGUGCCUUCAGCCAGUGGACUCACUGCGGCAGACGCGGUAUCUACAUUACGUAGCAGACUGCAGGUACAUGCAACUGUAGUGCGUAUGUGCAGAAUUUGCUUCGUGCACGACAGGGCUCAAGUGCGUGCCAGCUGAGCUUGAGCAGACAAUAGUCGGCUUCUUCUGGAAGCACAUAAUUAUUAUUGAAAUUCUAAAGCAGAAUUUCAUUUAUUUCGGCCUGUUCAUUAAAAUUCGUCAAUAAAUAAACACAGUAACAGCAGGAACAAGCGCACCAAUCCAAACAUCCUUCUUUAUUGAUGUCAACUAUUGGCUAAUAGCAGCCGCUUAUGCAAAUCUGCUAAAUUACGAAAUAAAGCAUCAAGAAUGAGGAGCAGGCUUUUGUUGAAUAGAGAGCAUUUGAGAGAGAGGUGACCUUGCGCUUUGUUUGUGCGCUCCAUGUGCCGCGCACAACUGCAAAACUUGGCUGAGACGUUCAUAGCAGCGUAUGCUUACAGAAUGUUUUUUCACCAAGUCCGAGAGGCAAUUCAGCACCCGUUUGAACUAAGAUUUUUACGCAGUCAAAAAAUUUGUUGCAGUUAGCAUUUAACCCUCUCCUUGGUAACGGCCCUGGCCAUACAUACGUCUGAAUUUCCCUAAGCAUGACCAACCUCACACGGCAGCAUUUUCCAAAGCCAAGGCUCAGAUGCCAUAAAUAAGGAAAGGAGGGCGACAUAGAUAGCAAUACCAGCCCACACAAUACUUUUCUUAUUCUACUUUUCGUGCACUUUCUGCAAGCGGCUUGUUUCAAACAAAAUGUGCAACAGUGCACAUUUGUGCGAUCUGUGAUAUUCCAUAUUUUGUUUUAAAGAUUGUUGAGCAGUUGCCUACUACAUGUCCAUUCUAAAAUUUCAUCUCUUGUUCACUAGAGAAAAUGUAGCUUCGAUUUUUGAAGUAGAUGAAUGUAUGAACUCAAAACAUGGCUGUGAUGCACAAAAACAAGAUGUCGAAGGUUUAGAGUCAAGUACUAGUAAUACUAUCUUAUGAGCCUUCAGAGUUAUUGAUAAAAAGACAAAAGUGCAUGUGCACAUAUUUGUACUUGUACAGCUGAACAAUUUAGAAUUUCAUUUGUCAUAAUACUACAACAUGGUUCACUAAAUUAAUAUUUUCUGCCGAAACUGAAAGCUUGGGUAAUCAUUAAGGCAGCCAAAAACACAGUGCAGCUGUUUAUGGUCUACAUCACUUGUGUCACGUAAUUUUGUUUACAUUGACUGUUGCAGGAUGCCUAACUUGCAU